UUUAGAUUAUAAAAUAUAGCAUUCGCAGUCCCCUGUAUGUACUUACGUGAGCACAUUGUCUGUUACAAUGCUACGCUGGAUGUGGCAGCCGUCCAGCUCCCACUUCCCAAAGUCGAUUGGCGAAGACGAAGCAGGCGAUUGGGGCGAGACUUCACGUUCACUUUGCAAGAAAAUUUCUGCGCAACUUCUCCUCAACCCCGUCACCCCAAUCGCAUGUCCAGCAGAUAUGGCCACUUUACAUAGCUUGCUCUCAAGUCUGAGCACUGCGCCACCGCCCGCAGUCGUCGUGACUUCUGGUUCGUCAGACCAGAAAAAGGCUUCUUCCAAGAGGGUCGAAGACGCACGCCCUCCAAAUUUGCUUUGGCACUACAACGCAUUGCGCUGUACAUCUGCAGCGAACCGCUAUAUAAAGCAACAUGGCACUCAGCUGGACGCCCUGUCGUCCACCGAGCCAGAGCCAACGAUUGAAAUUCACAACGAAGCGGACGCAGUCGCGCAUGGGAGAACAAAUCUGGUCAACCCGGUCAGUCGUGCCGUUCAGCUCAAGCAUCCCGGAGAACCCGUGAUCAGAGCUGAAGUUGGGCUCAGCGAUCUGAGAGUGAAUAUGGCCGUGGUAUCCAGAAGAACACAGUAUCGUUGCGCUGGUCGAGUGUAAGCAGGCCGGGUAUCUCGAUCUUUCAAAAUUCAGGGCCGUCAUAUAUGCAAGGUUCGAGCUCGACAAAGACUUACAACCUUUCCGCGACGAUCCAUCCAAGGUGCUGAGGCGAGAGUACAGCUGCACCAAGCAGCUCAAAUAAG